AUGGCGGCGGUUAAGGUGGACAAGGCCACCAACGAGCUGCUGCUGGGCCCCGACUGGACCCUCAACAUCGAUAUCUGCGAUUCCGUCAACGCCGAUCACGGGCAAGGAAAAGAGGUGAUUAAAGCUUUGAAAAAACGUAUUCAGCACAAGAAUGCAAAUGUUCAGUUUCUUGCUUUGACGCUAUUAGAGACUCUAAUAAAGAACUGUGGGGAUCAUGUACAUUUUCAAGUUGUAGAGCGCAAUAUACUGGAGGAAAUAAUGAAGAUUGUGAAGAAAAAGGCGGAUAUGCAAGUGAGGGAUAAGAUCCUGAUGCUCCUGGACUCUUGGCAAGAAGCGUUUGGAGGGCCUGGUGGAAAGCACCCUCAUUAUUACUGGGCAUAUGCUGAAUUGAAGAGAUCUGGUGUCGAAUUUCCAAAGCGUUCACCCGAUGCUGCACCAAUAUUUACUCCUCCAGUCACACGACCAGAAUCUUUGCCAUCAUAUCUUCAAGCAGGGUAUGGAAUGCCAGUUGAUUCUUCCUCAAGGCUUGAUGAGGCAAUGUCAUCAAAUGGAGCUUCUCUGAGCAUCUCAGACUUGGAACGAAUGCUGGGGGCUGUGGAACUAUUAAAUGAGAUGUUGAGAGCUGUCAAUCCAAAUGAUAAAGACGCUGCCAAUGAUGAAAUUAUUACAGAACUUGUGGCCCAAUGCCGGUCAUACCAGAAAAAGAUCAUGAGUUCAGUAAAUUUAGUAAGGGAUGAGGAAUUCUUGGGCCAAGCUCUUGAUUUAAAUGAUAAACUACAAAUUCUGCUUGAGAAACAUGAUUCGAUUGCAUCAGGUUAUCCUUUAUCUGCUGACGUAAUAGAUGUUAUGAGCGAAGUGCCUUCAGGAAUGGCUCUAAACCUAGGAGCAAAUGUUCCUCCACAAGCUGCAGUUUCUACAACCAUAGUACCAACCAAUGUUUUGAAUGACGAACCAACCAAUGUUUUGAAUGACGAAGAUGAACAAAAUGAAGAUGAUGAGUUCUCUAUGCUAGCUCGAAGGAACUCAAAAUUUCAGUCCACAAACACCCCGAGCACCUCUUCAUCAACCAUCCAUGAUGAAAUAUCAAGUUCUACGGCUUCUGUUCCCACAACAUCACCAUCCAUUGAAAGCAAUGCAUUGUCUCUGCAUGAUCCUCCAGCCCCAGUGAGGACAUCUCCAGAGGAGCAGGUUAUGAGUGACCUUCUUGCACUCACCAUAUCAUCAAAUCUGUCACCAUCCUAUACCCCGGUAAUACCUGAACCAGGCUUGAAUCAAGGCAGCUCACCCACAAGUGGGCAUCCGCGGGCUUAUCAUGGAAACCAAAGACAUGUAUCUGCAACUUAUGUCGCUCCGUGGGCUCAGCCUCAAGCUCAGACCACAGGAAGUCAACAACUGACACCCACUCAAGCACAGUUAUCUUAUAGCUCAUUUGCUUACCCGCCGCCACCCUGGGCUUCACAGGACAACACCGAAUCGAACCCUUUUGUAGCAUCAUCAUCUCAGCACCAGUCCACUUCGAGCACUCCUAUCAUGCCACCGAACUUGAGGCCUCUACAGCAAUCACAUUCUUUUGGGGUACCACUUCGAUCUGCGAGUUUGGACUCACCAAUAAAUGGGAACCUGAAGCAACCACUGUCUGCUGGGGCUCGCAGGCCAUCUUAUGUUCCUUCCAACAAGUUUUUCGAUGACUUGUUUGAGAGAAAUUCAGAUGGUUGCCUGAAAGUAGGCAGUACAAUUGGCGGUGGCACUACCAGCCCAUACAAGGCAUAG